AUGUCCGACUUCAUCGCCGCGCUGCCCAUGUACGACUGGCCCGAGCGACCGGCCGAAGUCGAUAGACAAUGGGCUCAUAUGCGUGACCGCCUGCGGGCGGCGGGGGUCGACGCCCCGGAGCGACUCGUGCGCCGCAAUGCCGACAUGCCUGGGGUUCCGGACGGCAUCCGUGACGCUGAUGGAAACGUGAUCGCGCCAGACCCUGCUUCGCUUCCCCCGGAUGCAUUGGACCUUCCAACGCUGUGGCGGCAUCCGUCUUUGAUGUUCGCGCAGACGUGCUGGGGGCCGAUGCAGCUCGGCCUUGCUGGCCAUGUUGAGGUCGUCGGCCAGCAGGACUAUUCCGGCACGGACGGCGGCAAGGCCGAGUUUUAUUCCAGCGUUAUCGUCGCGAGGCGGAUCCGAGAUGAUGAUGGUGGUGCCUUUGAUGACGUCCCUCCGCCGCCAGGUGGGAGGCAGAACUUACCACUCGAGUUCCUGCGCAGCAAGAUCAUUGCUUACAACUCGACGGAGUCGAUGUCCGGUAUACUCGCUCUGACACAAGACCUCGCCUCAGUGGACGAGGACUUGACCAUCUUUUCCGAGCGUCUGCUUAGUGGAGGCCAUCGCCAGUCGAUCGUCGCGGUUGCGAAGGGGAUGGCAGAUGUCGCUGCCAUCGACUGCUUCAGUUGGCAACUCGCGAAGCGUUUCGAACCCCUAGCCGAGACGCUUGCUGUCAUCGGCUGGACGACACGCCGGAAGGGUCUGCCUUUUGUCGCAUCCAGACACCUUUCGCCACAUACGAUUCAUUCCAUCGUAUCGGAAUUGGGCGGAAGAGCAGUCGUGCAUGCGAGUUGUUAA